AACACCCUUUUAUCAGCCGGUAUGUUCCACAGCAAUAUCUUAUCUCCUCUGUAAAAAAUCAUCUUCUUCUUCCUCCUCUUAUUCUUUGCCUUACGCAAUAACUGCAGUGAGAAAUACUCAAGACAGAGCUAAAAGUAGUACUUAGUAGAAACACAUGUCGCAAUUCUGCCUGUUCGGUUAAGCAAGCACUAAAAGGUGAUGGUGUAGUGCCAAAGGUUGCUUUACUAAGUAAGAUAAGGCAAGAAGCAAGAGCAUAGCAAUUGCAAGAAAAGCCGACACGCCUUAGCGCAACUGUUUUCUAGCUCGUUACCGUUGUUUUGUGAAAGAAGGGGCGGAGCUUGAAGUAUUUAGCAUGACGAACAACGAGACCAUUUUUCGGGCACCGGUAAGCUGCUUGGCAGCAAUUAUAGUGUUGAUUGGUCUCUACACUCGGUCUUUCGACAAAAUGGUGGCGACUUACUUGUUUGGAAUGCUGGCUAUAUGUGCUGUUAUUUUACCUGAUUGGGAAUUCUUCGAUCGUAGUGUCUCACAUUGGUGCACCCCUGUCACUGUGAAUGACUUCACCAACAAAUCUCCCGGACCCUUCACUUCUACUAGGUUUAAAUUCUACCCAGUCAGAUCGGUGGUUUACGCAAUAGUUUAUGGAUUCGGUCUUUACAGGUGGUGGAUUUAUAUAUCAAGCUAUAAUGAAAGCAAGCAGCAAUGAAUUGUCAUUGUAGCAGCUGUGGCAUACUGCAUCACAUAUUAACUCAGAAAUCGUCUAUGUCCGUCUUACUGUAUUGUGUGUGUGUGUGCGUGCGCAUCUUCGCCAUACAAAAAUUGUAUGUUCAUAAUAUUUGCAUUUCAUCCAAAUAAAAAGACGUGAUAUUUGCACUCGUA